CUAGCUCCGAAAGCCAGGCUGGAGGUUACAAGCCAAACUAUCACAACUCCACGCCCGCCCGCCUCACGCAUAGCUGUCAAGUCUACUCGAAAGAAGAAUCCCGAAAACUGAAGUAGACAAAAUGUCUUCCGAAAAAAUUACGGUCCAUAAUCUGGCCGACCUGAAGAACACCUCGGACGAUGCUCUCCCCAACUACCUAAACUCUCUCAAAUUCACCCAGUCCCACGCGCUCACCGAUGUCCGCCUCGCUCUCGGCUACUCAGCAUUCCUGAUUGCGGGCGCAUGUUUUCUUUGGGAUUAUAAGCUCGGCUUCGACAGCACAAAGUACUACACGGCAGCCGCCGUGGUCCUCUACUCCAUCCUCAACGGCGCUCUUACGCUAUGGAUCUGGCUGAAGGAGGCAGGCACCGUGUAUGAGGGCACAUCACCCUCAGGCGAGAAGGUCAACAUCGCGACAUCCACAAAGAAGAACGUACCGACAUACAACAUGAAGAUCACCCUGACCUCGAAGAACGGCGAAAAGAAAGUCAUCAACCUCUCACAACCCUUCAACCAGUGGUUCGACUCACAAGGCCGCUUCGUCGCGGUCCCCUUCCAGGAGAUCCUCGCCACCAACAUCCCCGCCGUCGGCAAGCUCGACCCCAAGCGUAUCACAUCCGCCUCCCAGGGAUACUCAACCGACGUCCUCGACGCGCUGUACGCGGAGAGCACGGCGACGGGGAGCGGCGCGGAGGCGGCCAAGGGUGGCAGCAAGAGACGCAAGGCAUAGACAGGGCCGGACCGGAGGUGGUUCGGACUUGCUUUCGCAUGGGGCUUGCCAAUAAACUUUUUUGUGUAAAUUACGGAUAAUUGGAACCGUCAAAAGCAUGGUGUCUGUGGUUUUGCUUAGUAUAUUGCUCCAGAGUGCUACAGUUGCGCAUCUAUGCCUUGGUGUUAAUCAUCAUUGUUCGCUCCAUUCCUCGACCGGCUUAUACUCUGGACAGCAUCUAUGCGCAGCAACCAAAGUGUCUCUAGUCAAAUCAUUGCAAUGCCUUGUGUGAUUCUUGUCUCAUUAAACUGGAUGCUGGUCGUCUAAUACUGAUGAUCCAUUGGACCUCCAAACGCCUCGCCAUGCCAUCAACCCUCACCAUCAUGCAAGUCCACCAAAUACCUCGUCUCUCACUCCUUGUUCCAACAUGUGAGUCGCCGCCCCCCUAUACCAACAGACCAUCACUUUCCUGCCUCGACCAAACCCAAUUCAAACUCGACUGACCCAUGCCAAAAGUGCAAAGCCACCACCUUGUGUUCAACUCAUUCUUUCGAAACUACUUCAAGCUCUGGAAACUCACCAUACUUCAGUUGAUCUCGUCCCAAGCCUUACGAGACUUGAGAGCAGCCUCUCUGACCAUUCGCGACUCGUCACCAGAGGCCUGAGCCAGCAAGCGCUUGGCCUGGGACGCCGAGUCAAGGAGAUGGCGAUGCUCAAAGUUGGGCGGCAGUUGUCCGAUGAGACGGACGACCAGGGCCCGGCAUUGCGCCUCCUGGAAUCCGGAACGGUCGAAGGGCAUGUAGUUUUCCGGCAUCCAGGCGUUGUCUUCGCCGGCUUGCUUCGUGUCUUUUCUAAAGAUCGACAGGGAGGCAUCGAUGACGCUCUUGAGGAAUGGCUGCAUGCGUCUGGGCGAGUUCUCUGUGACGGCCACCAAGAUCUGAAGACCGGCUGCCACAUCUGCGCUAGCCGGCAGGUUGCGGAUCGCGCAGAGAAUGAUUCGGAUGAGAUCCUCCGUGUCGUCCUCGUAGUGUGCGUACCUGAUGUGCCUGACUGCUCUCAAGACUGCAAUGCUGUAGUUGGCGGCUACCAGCAUAUCAUCCUUGCUGUUCGAGCCAGCAGGCCAAGCCUUGGGCAGCAUGGGCUUGACCAACUCGUAGUAAGCUCUCUGCACCCAGAGCUUCUUAAGCUGACCAUAGAACUCGGGCUUUGCGAAUUCCACGUCACCGAAGAUUAAGUCCAUGUUGCGAGCAAGCGUGUGGCCAAUCUUCUUAUUACCAGGACCUUGAGUGAUAGCCGUGAGAACGUUCUUGAGAGCGUUACCAGUGUAGCGUCGGAGAAUGCCGACUACAAUCGCGUAUACAGGCUUUGCCAGCGCUGCUCUGAGGUCGUUGGGGGUAUUUCCCGCCACCACAUUCUCUUCAUGGUCGAGGUAGCCAGUGAUUUGCUCCAACUGGCCAGACAGUCUCUCUUCGCUGACAACAAAAUUCAUUUGAUAUUCCAU